AUUUGUUACAAGUGCUGCAGUGUUUGGCUUUCAUUCCUCUGAAAAACAACAAAAAGCAAGAUUCAGCCAGGACUUGUGUAAAGCUACAAUUGUCCUCCUUGGAAAGCAGCCAGUGAGUGAGUGGGCCAGUGAAGGAGUGGAGAUUUGAGGCUCUGACUCGAGAGGCUGAGGACGAGCUUCACUCCAAGUGAGGUAAGGCCGGGUAAGUUCCUUUCAAAGGAGAACGUUUCAAAAGUUGAGGCAAGUAUUGGGUAGGUCAUGGCAGCUGAGAUCGGCCCCGUGGUUUGUUCAUCCUGCAGCAUGUGGGAAAUCAGGGAUACUUCCAGUGUCCCCAACGACUAUGUGUGUAGGAAGUGUGUCCAACUGCAGCUUCUGGCAGACUGCAUUGAGCAUCUGGAGCUGCGAUUGGAUUCAUACUGGAGCAUCUGCAAUGCCGAGAAAGUCGUGAAUAGCAUGUUCAGUGAGCUGGCCACACCUCAGGUAAAGGCUACACAGGCAGAAAGGGAAGGGGUGGCCACUAGACAGCGUAGCAGUAGGCAGGUAGUGCAGGACUCCCCUGAGGUCAUCUCCCUCUUAAACAAAUAUACUGUUUUGGAUACUGUUGGGAGAGAUAUCUCAUCAGGGGAAGGCGGCAGCAGCCGAGUUCAUUGCACCAUGGGUGGCUCUGCGACACAGGAGGGAAGGAAAAGGAAUGGGAGAGCUAUAGUGAUAGGGGAUUCAAUUGUAAGAGGAAUAGAUAGGCAUUUCUGCGGCCGCAAACGAGACUCCAGAAUGGUAUGUUGCCUCCCUGGUGCAAGGGUUAAGGAUGUCUCAGAGCGGCCGCAGGACAUUCUGGAAUGGGAGGGUGAACAGCCAGUGGUCAUGGUGCACAUAGGUACCAACGAUAUAGGUAAAAAACGGGAUGAGGUCCUACAAGGUGAAUUUAGGGAGUUAGGAGAUAAACUUAAAAAGUAGGACCACAAAGGUAAUAACCUCUGGAUUACUACCAGUGCCAUGUGCUAGUCGGAGUAGAAAUAGGAGGCUAUUUCAGAUGAAUACACGGCUUGAAAAAUGGUGCAAGGGGAGGGAUUCAAAUUGCUGGGGCAUUGGAACCAGUUCUGGGGGAGGUGGGACUGGUAUAAACAGGACAGUCUGCACCUGGACUGGACUGGAAUCAAUGUCCUGGGGUAGCGUUUGCUACUGCUGUUCAGGAGGAUUUAAACUAAUGUGGCAGGGGGAUGGGAACAAGUGCAGAGAGACAGAGGGGUGUAAAAUGAGGGUAGAAGCAAAAAGUAGUAAGGUGAAAAGUAAAAAUGGCAGGCAGGCAAAUCCAGGGCAAAAAGCAAAAAGACCCACUUUUCAACAUAAUUGUACAAGGGCUAAGUGUGUUGUAAAAACAAGCCUGAAGGCUUUGUGUGUCAAUGCGAGGAGUAUUCGUAACAAGGUGGAUGAAUUGAAUGUGCAGAUAGUUAUUAAUGAAUAUGAUAUAGUUGGGAUCACAGAGACAUGGCUCCAGGGUGACCAAGGAUGGGAGCUCAACAUCCAGGGAUAUUCAAUAUUCAGGAGGGAUAGACAGGAAAGAGAAGGAGGUGGGGUAGCAUUGCUGGUUAGAGAGGAGAUUAAUGCAAUAGAAAGGAAGGACAUUAGCCUGGAGGAUGUGGAAUCGAAAUGGGUAGAGCUGCAUAACACUAAGGGACAGAAAAUGCUGGUGGGAGUUGUGUACAGACCACCUAACAGUAGUAGUGAGGUUGGGGAUGGCAUUAAACAGGAAACUAGAAAUGCGUGCAAUAAAGGAACAGUAGUUAUAAUGGGCGACUUCAAUCUACAUAUAGAUUGGGUGAACCAAAUUGGUAAGGGUGCUGAGGAAGAGGAUUUCUUGGAAUGUAUGCGGGAUGGUUUUCUGAACCAACAUGUCGAGGAACCAACUAGAGAGCAGGCCAUUCUAUAUUGGGUAUUGAGCAAUGAGGAAGGGUCAGUUAGCAAUCUUGUCGUGCGAGGCCCCUUGGGUAAGAGUGACCAUAAUAUGGUGGAAUUCUUCAUUAAGAUGGAGAGUGACAUAGUUAAUUCAGAAAUAAACGUUCUGAACUUAAAGAAGGGUAACUUUGAAGGAAUGAGACGUGAAUUAGCUAAGAUAGACUGGCAAAUGAUACUUAAAGGGUUGACGGUGGAUAUGCAAUGGCAAGCAUUUAAAGAUCGCAUGGAUGAACUACAAUUGUUCAUCCCAGUUUGGCAAAAGAAUAAACCAGGGAAGGUAGUGCACCCGUGGCUGACAAGGGAAAUUAGGGAUAGUAUCAAGUCCAAAGAAGAAACAUAAAUUAGCAAAAAAAAAGCGGCACACCUGAGGACUGGGAGAAAUUCAGAGACCAGCAGAGGAGGACAAAGGGGUUAAUUAGGAAAGGGAAAAAAGAUUAUGACAGAAAGCUGGCAGGGAACAUAAAAACUGACUGUAAAAUUUUUUAUAGAUAUGUGGAAAGAAAAGAUUGGUCAAGACAAAUGUAGGUCCUUUACAGUCAGAAACAGGUGAAUUGAUCAUAGGGAACAAAGA